UCAUCUCUGCCCUGGAAAUUCCACUGGCCUCCUUGUGUCUCCAACCACCCUCCUAAGCCCCAGACUCCCUAUAAAGAGGGACUCCAGACACAGAUCAGCACAGGACCACAGCCAGGCUCUGAAGCUUCUGAGCUCUGCCACCUCAGCUCUGUGCAGCCUUCUCCUCCACCAAGACCAUGAAGUUCUGCGUGACUGUCCUUUCUCUCCUCGUGCUUGGAGCUGCCUUCUGGGCUCCAGGUCUCUCAGGACCAAUGGGCUCGGACCCUCCCACAGCAUGCUGCUUCGCUUACGCUCCGCGGCAGAUUCCUCGUAGGUUUCUGACAGAUUACUUUGAGACCAGCAGCCUCUGUUCCUGGCCAGCUGUGGUAUUCCAAACCAAAAAGGGCAGGCAAGUGUGCGCCAACCCCAAUGAUACCUGGGUGCAGGAGUACAUGGAAGACAUGGAACUGAACUGACUGCUCCAGGACGGAGACAUCUUCAAGGAAUGUUGCCUGAGCCCAGAUGCUUCUCAAUGAGAUGCACCUUAUCCUCCAUGCCCAAGAUGCCUAUCAGUAGUUCCUGCCCCUCACCUUAACUUAAUCUUUAUUGCAUGCCUUGUGAUUGUAUUCGGUGUAUUUUCUAGUAUUUAUGUUUGAUCAAAGGACAUGUGUCCCCUAUGGGGAUGGUCUACCAUCACUGUUUCUCUGCUAUUGUGGACACAUAGUCAAUGCAGUUGAUUUCAUGCAUGUUUUUAAUAAUAAAAUAUCUUCUUAAGUGUA